CAGGGAGGGUACCACUAUCGAGAAGGCCCUCUGCCUGGUUCCCUGUUAUUUUGCUUCUUGCAGUGAGGGAACCAGCAGAAGACCCUUGGAGGAGCACCUCAGUGUCCAGGCUGAACAAUGGGGGUGGAGGCACUCCUUCAGGUAUACUGGGCCAAGGCUGUUUACUGUAAAUGAGUUUAGUAUCUCAUUUACACUUCUGCAAAUUUUUGUUCAAUUUUAUGAAAAAGUUUUCUAUCUGCAGUCAUGCUUGUAAUGGAUGUGACAUGAUUUGCACUUAGGUGUUUUGUUGAUGCUUUAUUAAAAAUCUCAGGUAAGUACAGGUAAGUGUAUUUUUUUCAUACAGCAGGAUUGAUAAAAUUUUCAAUGUGAACUGUUUGCAAAGGAAAUGAUUUCUAAUAAUUUAAAAAAUGCUUGUGUUUUCUAUAACAGAUGUGCAACUGUUACGUAACGGAUAUGACAAGCAAUAUACCAGUUUUCACCUUUUAUUAUUACUCAAGCAAUCAAUAUUCAUUGUAAAACAAGAGAUAAGUUAUCAUUAAACAAAAACUGAGUAAAAGUUGCAUUAAACACUGACAAAAAUAUGAACCAUAUUGUCUGAUGUAAGCUAACGAGUGAGGAAAUUUUUUAUUAUUUCAAAAUCAUUUAUCUUAAACAUGUAAUUACAUUUAUUUUAAACUUAGUGUGAAUGGAAGCAGUUCUGGUGGCCUUGGAUCAUCAUUUGAUGAACUACCAUCUUCAGAAGGGUCACUGUACAUAUGUUCAUUAGUCCUAGAUGUCUCGUUAAGUGUGAUGCUAACUUGUGGCACUUCAGCAUUUGCUGUUUUGCUAACCAGUAUAUGAUUUUCAUCGUAGGGUUGAAAGUGGUGGGAUGUUUGGAUGCCAGUCACGUUGGUGACAUUAUUCCACCUCUCAUCAAUAAAUGGUGUUGAACCUCUGAGAAAGCAGCCUCCGAAAUUCUGGGUCAGGCCUCGUUUUGAACCCAUACACUUUGUAGCUAGCAACACUCAAGAUGGAGGAAUGGAGCCACCUUCAGAGAACCAAGUGCAGGUGGCCAGUGAAAACAUCACAACCCAGCAAAUACAAAACUAUGCCGAUCGGGUUUUCAGCAGCUUCAACAUGCUGGAUGGGGGCACUCAUUGUUCCAGUUCAAUGGGUUUAGGUUAUGGAAGUAGCCAGGCUAGCCAGACACAAGCCAAAGUAGUUUCUAAAAGCAAAGACUCUUCUGGUAGUGGUGUUGCAGCGGUUUCGGUGGGGGCUUCUCUUCUCCAGGCCACCUCUGAAAUGUUUCCCAAGUCAGUUCUAACAGCCAAGCAGUGUUUCAUUAACAAACUUGUAAUGGCAGUCCAUAAGAGUCUUGCUAGCUUUGAUGUUAGCAGUGGGACAGACAAAAUUAACUACACUUACCUCUUGACACGGUCCAUACAGGCUUGCAAGACAAACCCUGAGUAUACUUAUUCUCCCUUGAAAGAUCUUUCCCCUGGGGAUUUUCCCAAAAACAAGAAGCUCCUAAAAGAUGGCUUUGCUUGUGAGGUGAGGUGCCAGAAUGUGUAUCUGACCACAGGGUAUGCUGGCAGCAAAAACGGAUCCAGGGACCGAGCAACGGAACUAGCAGUGAUGCUGCUGCAAAAGCCCGUGGAGGUUAAAGUUGCCCAGCGGAAGUUCAAGAACACCACCCAGGAGGAUUUAGUGCUGUGUGAGAGUGGCACAUCUCCCCUUGAAUUCCCGCCAGCUCUCAAGCAGCUAGAUGACUUUAUUGCUGCCAUGAAAGAAUGCACACCUGGGCAGCCAACCACCAACACACAGCAGGGUCCCAGUUCAACCAAACAUUGGACUAACUUUGUUCUCACAGAAAAUGCCAGUGAUGCCAUUGGGAUUCUGAACAAUUCAGCUUCCUUUAACAAAAUGACCAUUGAAUACAAAUAUGUCCUGAUGCCAAACCGCUUGUGGCACUGCAGUGUCUAUCUACAGGACCACUUUUUAGCUGAAGGGUAUGGCACAAAGAAAACCAGCAAGCAUGCUGCGGCAGACGAGGCACUGAAAAUUCUCCAGAAGACCCAGUCCAAUGCUGGGGUCACCAAAGCAGUCCAUGUUCAGAAAGUUGGUGAGGCUGCCCGAGAUUCUGCCAAGAAGAAGGAUCUGAAGGACCUUGUUGUAUAUGAGAACUCCAUGAACCCUGUGUGCACGCUGAAUGACACAGCUCAGUUCAACAAGAUGACUGUGGAGUACGUCUUUGAAAGGAUGACAGGGAUGCGGUGGAAGUGCAAGGUAUUGCUGGAAAAUGAAUUAAUAGCUGAAUCAAUUGGAGUCAAGAAAACUGUCAAGCAUGUUGCAGCUGAAGAGGCUGUCAAAAUCCUGAAGAAAACCCAGCCAACAGUUGUCAACAACCUGAAAAAAGGCACUAUUGAAGAUGUAAUCUCAAGGAAUGAGAUCUGUGGGCGAUCAGCAGAAGAAGCGUUGAAGCAGCAGAUCAAGGAAGAUAACAUUGGGAAUCAGAUUUUAAGGAAAAUGGGCUGGACGGGUGGCGGCUUGGGCAAAAGUGGAGAAGGGAUCCGGGAGCCGAUUGCUGUGAAGGAACAGUUCAAAAGGGAAGGGCUUGGGCUGGACAUUGAAAGGGAGUUGAAAAUCACAAAGAAAGAUAUUGAACAGAUCAUCCAGAAUUAUGCCUUCUCAGACAGUAAAAUUGAUCUGACUUUCUCGACAGAAUUGACCAAUGAUGAACGCAAACAGAUCCAUCAGAUAGCCCAAAAAUAUGGUCUUAAGAGCAAAUCCCAUGGCCAGGGUCGUGAUAGAUACCUGGUGGUUAGCCGAAAGAGGCGCAAAGAAGAAUUGCUAGACCAGCUAAAGCAAGAUGGCCAAGUCGGACAUUAUGAACUCAUUAUGCCACAGGAGAAAUAAGCCCUGAGGGCCAUCCGUUUCUUCUGAGGAUGUCCAAACUGAGGCUGAAUUCUCCAUUAAACACAGCAAAGGCUGCAUAUUAUGUGAAAAAUGAUUAUAAACUAUUUUACUUGCUCAUUUAGUUUUUAAGCUUUAUUUUGAACACUAACUUUUAAAAUCAUAGUUCUUUCCAAAUAUAUGUAGUGCAAUCUGGAUAACUUUUGUACAGUUUACCUGUUUUAUGCAAUUUAUUGGAAAUGGCUUGUGGUAAUGGCAGAAAAUCAAGUCAGAAGGAAAGUUCAUACACCAUUUAAAAACAAAAGCAUGAGGACUUCCGGUUGAUCGCUACUCACGAACAGACGCAUCUCCUCCACUCUUCCGCACUGGGGGAGAACACAUUUGGUAGCGGAGCUAAGAAGGGGGGGACCAAGGCUACGGGAACCCCAAAGUCUUGGGAGGGGAUCCCGAGAUGAAAUGGAAUUGCUGUGGUGCAGAGAAGAGGACCCUUGAACGGCAGGGAGAGGGAGAACUUCUCGGGCACUAGAUCCAGUGAUCCUCUGCUGCCGAGAAGCCCAAGUACGCGGGUAUGUAAGAGGCUUUACUUCCAACAGACUGAAGCACACCUAACUGAUUAGCCUACACAAUCAAUGAAUUUGCUACCUAGUGAUUAAUAAAUGAAUUUAUGCAGUACAAUGUGCUUAGAAGAAAUGAAGGCUUUCCGGAAUUUUUUUUUUAUUUGACAAUAUGCUACAACGGAAUGAUUUGAGAUGAAGGACAUCUACUCCAUUAAAAAACCCAAAUUAUUUGUGCCUUAUUAUACUGAUGCUAUGAACACUUUAUGAAUUUAUAUAAAUAUUAGCGGUGCGACAGAGAUGCAGAGAGGAACAAACAGACAAAAAGAGAUAAAGAAAGAGACAUUCCCAACAAGGGGAAAAAAGAGACCAGCAAGAAGCAGAGAGACUCCGCAGAACAUACAUAAUUUCAUUUCAUUUUUAUAUAUCCUCGGUAGCUGACUAGGAAAAAAGGGGACAAAGCAACUAAGAAGAGGUAGUAAGGUCAGGAUUCUAUCCACCAGGCAACAAAAAAUAAGAAGCCGUUUGCAGCCUGUGGUGGUUGCACAAAGAUACACUGACGGCUGAGUGGUGGAGCGGCUUAUAAAGCCGGAAUUUGCCAAACAUCUAUCCACCCUCUCAAGAGUUACUGUGCAAGGCAGUCCCUAUUCCCAGUUUCCUCUUGUUGGUCACUGUGAAGUUUAGGCUGGACUGAUUGUGUAUUUGCUGACUUGCAGUCCGACAUCUUUUUUGCAUCACGAAACGGAAAUGAACUGGAUCAAGAGACACUGAAAGCUUAAAUUGAAAACGUAGACAAGUGAUUUUCCAAGGGCGACAUCUAUCGAACAAAAAUCUGCACCUCACCGACAUCUAAGACUGAACUUAUUGGAAGAGUGACACCCAGUGGCUGCUCAAGAGUACUACACUGUGCUUUUUCAAACUGAACGUGCUCCUCUGCUGUCUCUCUAUUACUCUAUUACCCUUACAUACUCCUCACUCUCAACCACAUUCCCCACUUGCCUCCAUUACCUCUUUCUCAGCUUAUUCUAUUUAUUAUAAUUCUCCUCUUCCUUCUCUUCUCUU